AUGGGCAAGAUUGGGUGCACCAUCAAUGGAAUACUGGAUGACUCGAGAUUCAACGAGCCGAUGCCGUGGAUCGGCCUCUACGUCGUAGCAGCGUCCGCAGCUUGCGCGAUAGCUAUGGUGAUAGACGCCUUCCACGGCUUCCGCUACAGGAAGUUCUGGUUCCCUUGCAAGUUCUUCGCUCUCAACGCAACGACUCUCACUCUCAUAGGCGUUGCGGUCAAGCUCGCGGUUGAUCUCAACACGUCGAUGCCCCAGGCCCACGAUCAGCUGGCAAAGCUCAGCAGCACCGCCUUCAUCUGCACCACCAUCGGAAACUCCAUGCCUUCGUUAGGAGCCAUGGAGACUAAAGAGCUCAUGAUGAAUGUGGUGGCUCUUGGGAUCCUUGUUGUCACUGUCAUUGUCAAUGUUUGCAUCCAGAUGGGCACCGGGGUCGUUUACGUGUUCUGGUACGAGCAUGUGGUCGUGAUGUCCCUGAUGGUCGUGUUGUUCUCGAUCGUGAUCGCUUCGUCGAUUGCGAUUCCUGCAACCAAGUGUGUGCUGGAUAUUAAGUACAGCAAGAAGUAUUUAGUGGCAAUGAAGGAACGUGAAACGACCAGUUGCAGUCUUUCGAUAACUCGGAUUAUGAGAGAUGAUCUGGCUAGGCAUUGGAUGAUGGCACAUACCUGCAGCCCUCAGUUCGUGAUGGGGCGUUUGGCGACUUGCACCGCGUCAGGGGCGUUCUGCCUCCUCACCGCGGUUACUCUGGGAGAGGCUGUGCUUCGUAGCUACCUGAUGCCGUGGGGAUUCAGAUUCUGUGAAGGGGAGUCGGACUACAAGUGGUCGACUGCGUUGAUACUGGCGACUCAGGCAGCGGCGGUCGUGGGAGGAACGAUUGCCCCUGCAACGAGAUGGUUCAUUGCGAUUAAGUUUAGGUGCCCGAAGAGAAUGAAACACGGAAGCAAACACGGGUUAUUAUCAGUAGAGGGUUACUGGGUUCAGAAGCUGUACCAACUCAGAGCGCUUCCGCUGGAUUUGUCAGUAUGCGGCCGAAGCAGUAGAAAGCUUGUGCAUGCCGUAAAGGACAAGGUAUUAGAUAUAUGCAUUUUCAUCCAGAAAGCAAUGGUGAUCUUGAGCAAGAUAGUCGGGCGAAUAUCAAUCAUCUUCGUUAGCCAGUUGAUAAAAAUACAUCGUUGCUGCAAGAAACUUGUUGCGUUGGUUAAAUGCCACAACACAAUUGUGAACUCUGAUACAGAUUCGGAUUCGAGAGGCAAUUGCAAACUGGAUCUCAGCAGUUAUGUUCUGCACCUUGAAGGAGAGGAUGAGCUGGUAGACGUGAUGAUGGAAAAUGACAGGGACGCCAUUGGACACUGGGUUAGAAUGGGGAGACGAAAGCAGCCGAGACAGCUCACAGAACUAAUGGAGACUCUCAAUCCGUCAAGAGGGUUUGAAGGGGUACAUAAAUUUGACAGCUACCAGGUUCCUUCAUUGGAUUCUGAAGAGCCUCCCUACAGCUGGGCUCUUCCUCUAGUGACGCUGACGAGCAUUGCAGUUGCAACGAAUUCAUAG